GCCUGAGUGCGCCGGCGCCCACCCAGCGCGGCGCUCCAGGACCUUCUAGGGGCUUCUCGACUUUUCCUCAGUUAGCUGGAGUAGGGGGGUGCUCCCUCAGCUCCAGUAUUCCUCAGCACUGCUUCUCUGUUAUUUCUUUACCCUUACCUUCAGCAUCAGCCCCCUGCCCACUCCGACCCCCAAGAGGCCCCCAGCCCGGCCGUGACCCCGAGGAGCCUCUCCUCGCUGGGACUCCUGAGGACAGGGUCCUGCGCUGGGUCCCCAGAGAGCCUUCCUCCUUCGCCCCCCUCCCGGGCACCCAGGCGAAGGGCAGCGGGGGAGCCCGGGAAGGGGAGCGGGAAGAGGGGAGCGGGAAGGGCGCGGGGCCAGGCGGGAGGAGAGGAGCAGAGGCCAGACAGGGGCUCUCGGUUUCCCGGGGUCUGAUUGGAGGUUGGCCCGAUGAGUCGGAGCUGGGGGCGCGCCCAUCUCCGCUGGCUCCUGCGAGAGCCGCCCGCUCGGCCCCUCCCCGGAGCCGCUUUGUCCCGGGUGACGGCGGCGGAGGUUGCGGCGAGCAGAGGGCGGGAGGCAGAGACCCGCCGACCCGCGGAGCCGGAGCCGGAGCCCGAGCCGGAGCCCGGGAGGCGGGGCGCGCCGCGCACGGCCCCACGCCCAGGCCCGCGGGCACCGCGCCCGUCCCCGCGCGCGCUCGGCCCGGCCGCCAGGUGAGCAGCCGCGCCGCGCCCGCAGUCGCCGGCCCCGCCGACCGACCGACCGCCCAGCCAUCGCCUCCGCCUCCGCCGGCGCAUCGCGGACGCCCAGCAGGAAUGAGGGGAGAUUCUUACUUCAUUGGGAUGAGGAGCCUGGGGCAGCAGGGCCACAUCCCGGAAGAUGGAGGACUGUUCUUGCUCUGCUGCAUAGACAGAGACUGGGCCGUGACUCAGUGUUUCACGGAGGAGGCCUUUCAAGCCAUCACGGACUUCACCGACCUCCCCAACUCACUCUUUGCGUGCAACGUCCACCAGUCGGUGUUUGAAGGGGAAGAAAGCAAGGAGAAAUUUGAGGGUCUGUUCCGGACUUACGAUGACUGUGUGACGUUCCAGCUGUUUAAGAGUUUCAGACGUGUCCGAAUAAACUUCAGCAAUCCCAAAUCUGCAGCGCGAGCCAGGAUAGAGCUUCAUGAAACCCAGUUCAGAGGGAAAAAGUUAAAACUCUACUUUGCCCAGGUUCAGACUCCAGAGACAGACGGAGACAAACUGCAUUUGGCUCCACCACAGCCUGCCAAACAGUUCCUCAUCUCACCCCCUGCCUCUCCGCCCGUCGGCUGGCAGCCCAUCAGCGACGCCACGCCAGUCCUUAACUAUGACCUCCUCUAUGCUGUGGCCAAACUAGGACCAGGAGAGAAGUAUGAGCUGCACGCAGGGACCGAGUCCACCCCCAGCGUCGUCGUGCACGUGUGCGACAGUGACAUCGAGGAGGAGGAGGAUCCAAAGACGUCCCCGAAGCCAAAAAUCAUUCAGACCCGACGUCCCGGCCCGCCGCCCUCCGUGUCCAACUGAGCUCACCACUUCGCCUCCAAGAAAAUAUCCGUCUACUCUUUACCAUGCUUUUUUUUUUUCCUCCCUGUUGUUUGUUUGUCGAAAAAAAAAAUUGCCUUUAAAUCCCUGGGUGUUUGGUUGUUUGAAAUUCCUUCGUUGUAAUCAAGCCUCUCGGACAAAAGGGCUAGGAAAAGGUGAUAAGUUUCCUGAUCAUAUCAUACUCACCGAGUAUAAUCCAUUAUUUAGGAGGUUCUAGGAAAAAAAAAAAAAAGUAGUAUUUUCUUAUUAAACAGUCAGCACAGCCUAUAUACCUUCAUGUUCCCAUGUGGAUCCAAGCCGGAGACAUCAGUGACAAAUAGUUCCUGUGUUGUUUGUGAACCGUUCCAGUCCCAGUCCUGACGUGGGUGCGUUGUUUUUUCUUCCUGGCCACUUAAGUAGGACCAUAAGUAAACUUGACUUUGAUUGCAUGAGAUUUCCCUAUCUGGUCUCCCCAAUCCUCUGCAUCCCAACAUUCCCAGGACAUGCAUGAUCACCAGCAUUUAUUUUUGUGAUUUGAGGAUAUACUAUAAGUCACCGAUUGUCAGCAUCCAGUCAUGUCCUAUCUAGCUUAGCAAAAUUCUCAGCAUCCUCCAGCUUAACAAGUCUGGGUAAUUGUCACUCUUUGGAGUCAAAGACUUCAUAGCUCUGUGAAAAUUCCUGGAGGAAAAACUGAGCUUGGCCCCAAAGAUAACCCUCAGUAGAUUUUGAAGAUGAUUCCCUUGUCAGUCUUUCCCAACCUCCUUGGGGAGGCUUGUCCAGGGUGACAGAGAUCGAUUUCAGACAAACCUAUUUAUUACAAAAGUCUCACGGUGUCUGAACGAUUGUUUUUUUUUUUUCCUUCUCUUUGUAUAUUUGUACAAAUGUUUCAGCUGUGCUUUUAAAAAUCUGGAUGUUUUUUAUUUAGUGAUUCUUCAGCCAUUAGCUGCUUUAAAACAUAUGUGCAUUGCUUAUGAAUGCAUUCAUAUACUAAUACAGGUAAUCUGAUAAUAUUACACUCUAUUAUGUAUAAUGCUGAAUUUUGAAAGGGCACAAAACUUCUGUUGCCAAUAUAUAAACAGUUAGCCAACAUCUUUGCUAUCAAGACCGGGUGUUUUUAAAUAAAGUGAAGAAGCAAGCGUCGGCUGCGGGCAGUUGGAAUGCAGCUAAAUCAACGUAGCAGCUGCUGAGCAUGUUCAAAGGGAAAGAUGGAUCCAUCAAUGUUUGUGCAAGUCCUGCUCAUGCAAUGCUCAUCUUGCUCAAAAACGCAUUUGUUUUUGUUACAUGUGAUUUUUCUAUUUCUCUAGCCCAAAGUGCAUUACAGAAGAUACACCUAUAGAACCAUCACCUUCUGCUCAAUGUGCCAGGCCUCAUCUACUCCUGUACGUUCAGUGACUUUCUUUAGAUGCAAAUGUCAAUUACAACGGAGAGGGGAAAUACUGUCAUUACCCAAGCCUCAGAAAAACACACGAGAACAAUAACACAGCCACCUGAUGGAAGGAUUGUUGUGGUUUUCAAUUAAGGUGUAUGUUAGUUUCAUCAGAAACUGAAAACAUUAGACUGAUGACUCAGAAAUAAAAGUCCGUUUUACUGUGAAUAUAGCAAUAUAGUACUGGGCACAGUACAGGUGAAACUGAGGACAGCGCUGCUUGUAAAAUCCUGAGUUUCCAUAAGAAAAACGAAGGCUCCUUUGAAAAAUAAAAUCUGAGGAGUAUAUAGUAAGCAAAUGCUUUGACUUUCCUUUGCUGUGGAGGUUUUUGGUUUUUCAUGGACAAAUAAAGAGUAGACUUAAUAGUGGAGAAUGCUGCCCUCUAGUGGAGCAAGCUGAGAACUACAGGCGUCAGCCAUUUUUAUGCUGACUCAAUCAUUUGUGGGUUCUUUGACUUUUUAAACAACUCAGAAUUUUCAGAAAAAGGCAGAUUCUAGAGAAAUCUGGAUGAGAGAAACUAUUUGGAAAUGACUUUUCAGUGUUUCAAAACAGUUCCAUCAGACGUUUCCAACCAACUUAAGUCAAAAUUGAAAUGACAAUUGUGUGUCAUUUCAAAUAUAAAAUAAAAUAAAAACUCAGUGGAGUGUAUGACCCAGGUGGUUAGUCUUGGCCACACUUAUUGCAAAAUGUCGAUGUUAAUCUAUCUCAGAUCAAUUAAUUCUCUCAUGAGAUUGGGUUUGGGGAGGUGGAGAGAGGUACAUAUCCUAGGAGAUGGGGAGGAAACAGACAAGACUCCCCUCCAAGCAUCGUGAAAGUCAGAAUUGCCUCAGUAUCCCCCUGACCCACAGGAUGCAAGCCUCUUCAGCACGACUUUAUGUUUGAAAAGUUUAACUGUGGAGGGGGAGGGGAAGAUUCCCACCAACCGAAUCAUUUGUGCACGUGUAUAGCUCAAAGAGCUUAGAUUUCAAAUAUAACUGGUGAAUGACUCUGGC